AUGGACACCGAUAUCGAAUUGGUUCCAGAUUCUCAAACAGGCCCUCAGGACAGAUAUCAGAUAGAGAGGCAUGAAGGCGUUCCACAGCACGACGAGAACUCACUUGAUCCGGUCGAUGGAGGCUGGGCUGCUUGGAAACUACUUUUCGUGGCAUACAUUUUUGAGGCGUUGCUCUGGGGCUUCCCACUCUCCUUUGGGGUCUUCCAAAAUUACUACUCCCAGCUGCCUGACUUCGUCCAUCAGCGGUACAUCUCGGUGAUCGGGACGAUCGCGUCGGGCAUGUCGUACAUGGGCGCUCCCUUGAUCAUUCCCGUAUUGAGACGGUACGCGAAAUAUCGUCGGCAGAUGAUAUGCUUUGGAUGGACAUUAUGUAUCUUGGGGAUCCUAUGCGGAUCUUUCGCCCGCACUGUGGGCAGCCUUAUCUUUACCCAAGGCUUGAUGUACGGCACGGGGUUCAUCAUCUUCUACUAUCCCAUCCUCAGCAUGGUCAACGAGUACUGGAUCGCCCGACGGGGCAUGGCGUACGGCAUUCUGUGCAGUGCAUCCGGAUUCUCGGGCAUCGCCAUGCCGCUGUCCUUGGAGGUUCUGCUCCACAAAUAUGGGUAUCCGACGACGCUGCGAUCCAUCGCCGUGGGCCUGGUCGUAUUGACAGGGCCAUUGAUACCCGUGCUGAAAGGACGGCUGCCUCCGUCCGUGCAAAACCACACGCCCCGGACCAGCUGGGUGUUUCUCAAGACGCCGCUCUUCUGGAUCUACACAGCCUCGAAUCUGAUGCAGGGACUGGGCUACUUCUUCCCUUCGCUGUACAUCCCGUCGUACGCCUCGACGCUCGGCCUGAGCUCGCGGCAAGGCUCCCUCCUUCUGGCCAUCAUGUGCGUCUCACAGGUGCUGGGCCAGUUCAGCUUCGGAUACCUCUCAGACCGGAGGGUCUCGGUCACGGUGCUCUCCUUCGCAUCGACCCUCAUCCCCGCGGCCGCGGUGUUCGCGCUCUGGGGCCUGGCGCGAAACUUCGCCAUGCUGUCAGUCUUCGGGCUGAUCUACGGCUUCUUCGGCGCCGGGUACACGGCCCUCUGGGCGCGCAUGGGCCUGGGUGUCACCACCGACGUCACGUCCGCCUUUGCGGUGUUCGGCCUGUUCAACUUCGGGAAGGGCAUCGGUAACGUCCUGGCCGGCCCCAUCAGUGCCAACAUGUUGUUCAACCAAAUCCAUAUCGGACAGUACGGGGUCGGGAAGUACCAAGUGCUCGUGCUUUUCACGGGCUCGUGCAUGCUCGCGAGUGCCCUGAGUAUCGCCGUGGGGUAUCUGAAGAUUCGGAAAUUCUGGUUGCUCGGUUGA